GAGAGCGUCGUUGACUCCUCCCCCUCCAAGAUGGCGUCCUUGCUGCAAUCGGAGCGGGUUCUCUACCUAGUCCAGGGAGAAAAGAAGGUUCGGGCCCCGCUAUCGCAGCUUUAUUUCUGCCGCUAUUGCAGCGAGCUGCGGUCGCUGGAAUGUGUGUCUCACGAGGUGGACUCCCAUUAUUGUCCCAGUUGCUUAGAAAAUAUGCCAUCGGCUGAAGCCAAAUUGAAAAAGAAUAGGUGUGCCAACUGCUUUGACUGUCCUGGCUGUAUGCACACUCUCUCUACUCGGGCAACAAGUAUCUCCACACAGCUUCCAGAUGACCCUGCCAAGACCACCAUGAAGAAAGCCUACUACCUGGCCUGUGGAUUUUGUCGCUGGACAUCUAGAGAUGUAGGCAUGGCAGACAAAUCUGUGGCUAGCGGCGGUUGGCAGGAACCUGAAAAUCCUCACACGCAACGGAUGAACAAACUGAUUGAAUAUUACCAGCAGCUUGCUCAGAAGGAGAAGGUUGAACGGGAUCGCAAGAAACUGGCACGGCGUAGAAACUAUAUGCCUUUGGCUUUUUCGCAACACACUAUUCAUGUAGUGGACAAAUAUGGUCUUGGAACCAGGCUUCAGCGACCACGAGCUGGUGCAACCAUCAGUACCCUUGCCGGACUGUCCCUUAAAGAAGGAGAGGACCAGAAAGAGAUAAAGAUUGAGCCAGCUCAGGCUGUAGACGAAGUGGAACCUCUACCUGAAGAUUACUAUACAAGACCAGUAAAUUUAACAGAGGUGACCACCCUUCAGCAGCGCCUCUUGCAGCCUGACUUCCAGCCAGUCUGUGCUUCACAGCUCUAUCCUCGUCACAAACAUCUUCUGAUCAAACGGUCCCUGCGCUGUCGGAAAUGUGAACAUAAUUUGAGCAAGCCAGAGUUUAAUCCAACAUCUAUCAAAUUCAAAAUCCAGCUGGUUGCUGUCAAUUAUAUCCCAGAAGUGAGAAUCAUGUCAAUUCCCAACCUUCGCUACAUGAAGGAGAGCCAGGUCCUCCUGACGCUUACGAAUCCAGUGGAGAACCUCACCCAUGUGACACUGCUGGAGUGCGAGGAGGGGGACCCAGAUGAUAUCAACAGCACUGCUAAGGUGGUGGUGCCUCCCAAAGAGCUCGUCCUAGCUGGCAAGGAUGCAGCAGCAGAGUAUGAUGAGUUGGCAGAACCCCAGGACUUUCAGGACGAUCCUGACAUUAUAGCCUUCAGAAAGGCCAACAAAGUGGGCAUUUUCAUCAAAGUGACGCCACAACGGGAGGAGGGCGAAGUGACCGUGUGCUUUAAGAUGAAGCAUGAUUUUAAAAACCUGGCGGCCCCCAUCCGCCCCAUGGAAGAAAGUGACCAGGGCACAGAAGUCAUCUGGCUCACCCAGCACGUGGAACUCAGCUUGGGCCCGCUUCUUCCUUAAAGGUGCCACUGGUGGGGCAAAGGACACCACGAGCCCAUGUUAACAUGUGGAAGCUACUGCUUCAUUAAGCCUUGUUUGUAAUAAUGUACCCAUGCACUACUGAAUCCUGUUCCUAGGAGGGUGGGGGCACUGGCAAGGCAUUAGGGACUCAGGCUAACUGCUGUUCCUCUUGCUCUCACUUCUGUUCAUACUAGUAAUCUGUCUCCCUCACUGAACCCUGCACGUCGAAUAACAGCAGCGCAGUUCCCUCCCAAGAGAGGGGAUGGCUGUCCUUUGGAGUGGCAUUAGAUUUACCACCCGAGAAACUCUGACCAUACUGUCUCCCAGUCUGACCUCAAAAAGGGUCACAAUCUCACAGGUAAAAUGAUAACCGCAAGGCACACCUGCUGUUAAUGACCCAGCGCCGAUGUCCGUGUACCAGCUGCUAUCCGCAUUCCAUGUAGCUAUAAUCUAGCAGUCUAAACAUAUCCCUUCACCUGCCAAUCUGGCUCCCACCUUGCCGUGGUUUGGACAGAAAAAUAGAAUUGUCACCCUGUCUUUCGUUUCGUGGUGUUUGGCAAAACCUGUGAGAUUCUUAAGGCGCUCCAAUUUGCCGUCUUCUGAGUAAAUACAGGAUGCAUAUUUAUCAGGUGCUCUUAAAAUUUCUUUCUCAUUAGAAUAUGGAACUUCUUUUAAGAAUUGGAGAAGCAGGCAAUCACAUGUCAUACCAAGGGGUUGCAAAUUCCACUCACUUUUAAAUGUUGCCGCAAUAUCCAGGGGUUAACGCUGUCAUCCGGAGGUAGCCCUUCUGUGUUUUACUCCCUCCCCCCACAUCUGCUCUGCCUCUUGAACUCAAUAAGUUCUAAAUAUUUGGCACCUGGAAAGAGGCCAAAGAAAACUCGGUAGACGAGUUCACUUCUGGAAUGCAGAAAACAUUUUAAAGGUCAGAUUUUUAGCAUGAUCCAAACUAAUAUUCUUUCCAUUGAUUUGAAGGGGAAAAUAGCAGUUACAAUCUCUUGAAUCCCAAACUGGGUAUUAAGAUAAAGAACCUUUUCCCAUCCCGAGUUUAAAAAAAGUCUGUCAUAAGGCGUGUCAAGUAAGGCUGUUUUGAUUGUAAAACACAAAAUAGUUCAGCUGGUACCCCAGAAUACUUGCCUGACAGCACACAUGCUGUUUUCUUUGGGUAUCCUGGAGCUGGCUUGCUAACCUUAAUUUCUGUGGCAUUUUCUAAAAUGAGACUUGACCAAGUAGACCACUGUCUGCACCACAUUUUCUGUAAAUGUAUUGUUAGCAUGUGGCCAACACAUUUUGGGGGAAAAGAGAAAUUUCCUUUUUAUCCUCGUUUUGUUUUUA